CUCCAUGUCUCUGCUUUCUGCAGCACCCAGACAUCAAAGCUGAUCGGUCCUUCGUGCUCUACAAACCCCCUCCUGCUGUCAGGGACCCUGCUCUGCUGGAGGAGUUCCUGGAGAGAGCCAAGUUCAUUGCAGAUGACCUGAACUGGCUCCUGGCUUUGCCUCACGACAAAUUCUGGUGCCAGGUGAUAUUUGAUGAGACCCUGCAGAAGUGUUUGGACUCCUACCUGUGCCGUGCCCCCCGCAAGUUUGACGGGGUGUGGGAUUGCCAUCCGGAGGUGGAGGAUGUGCAGAAAUCCCUCCAUCACAGCGUCUUCCUCACCUUCCUCAGGAUGUCCACCCACAAGGAGUCCAAGAAAAUAUCUUCACUCAGCAGCCAAGUUACUUCGGUGACCUGGAUGAGACUCUGCCCACUGUCCUCCAG